GAUUUAUCGAAGAUGUCACAUAGAAAGUUUUCAGCACCGAGACAUGGUUCUCUUGGAUUUUUGCCCAAAAAGCGUAGUAGACGUCAUCGUGGAAAGGUUAAGGCUUUUCCUAAAGACGACAAGUCUAAACCAGUACAUUUAACAGCGUUUUUGGGAUACAAGGCCGGGAUGACCCACGUCGUGCGGGAAGUUGACAGACCUGGAUCAAAGGUCCACAAAAAAGAAGUUGUAGAGGCAGUAACAAUUUUAGAAACUCCGCCAAUGAUUGUUGUUGGUAUUGUUGGAUAUAUAGAAACCCCAAAAGGAUUGCGAACUUUUAAAACAGUUUGGGCUGAACAUCUUGGUGAUGAAUGCAAAAGAAGAUUUUAUAAAAAUUGGUACAGAUCAAAGAAGAAGGCUUUUACUAAAGCUUCACAAAAGUGGGCUGAUGAAACAGGGAAAAAGGAAAUUGAUAAGGAUUUCAACAAAAUUAAGAAGUACUGCACUGUUGUUAGAGUGCUUGCACACACUCAGAUGAAGUUAAUGAAUAGAAGGCAAAAAAAGGCUCAUAUUAUGGAGAUUCAAUUAAAUGGUGGUAGCAUACCCCAGAAAGUGGACUGGGCUCGUCAACACAUGGAAAAAGCGGUGCCUGUCAAACAGGUGUUUGAUGUAGAUGAAAUGGUUGACGUAAUUGGAGUUACAAAAGGCAAAGGAUUUAAAGGUGUAACCUCGCGUUGGCAUACAAGAAAAUUGCAAAGAAAAACCCAUAAAGGCCUUCGUAAAGUGGCCUGUAUUGGUGCAUGGCAUCCUUCUAGAGUAUCGUUUUCAGUUGCUAGGGCUGGACAAAAAGGUUAUCAUCACAGAACUGAAAUAAAUAAAAAAAUUUACAGGAUUGGCACUGGAAUCCACAAAGAAGGAGAUAAAUUAAUAAAAAAUAAUGCAUCGACUGAGCAUGAUUUGACUGAAAAGAGUAUCACCCCAAUGGGAGGGUUUCCUCAUUAUGGAGAAGUUAAUCAGGACUUUGUCAUGCUUAGGGGCUGUUGCAUGGGGCCCAAAAAAAGAGUUAUUACAAUCAGAAAGUCUCUUUUGAUUCAGACAAAACGAAAAGCGUUAGAAAAGGUGAACUUGAAGUUCAUUGAUACUUCUAGCAAGUUUGGACAUGGAAGAUUCCAAACCCAUGAAGAGAAGAAAUCUUUCAUGGGCGUUCUUAAAAAAGAUAACAAACAGAAUUAAACUGGCACUUAAAUGAUAUUGUGUUCGCAGCAAUGUAAUAUAUCACAAAAUAUUAUAUUAAAUGUGUGGAUAUAUUUCACGCUGCAAUCAGUUAUCAAGUGUUGUCUUUUUUUAACUGUCUAAUAGAGCUUUGUUGC